GCAGCUUUCACUUCCGUAUCAGAGCUCCCGCGGAGUCUGUCGUUUUGUUUUGUACGGAUGGUUGCGAUCAUUUAACAGUAUCUGCAAGUAUCUACUAAGUACUUCAAAUAAAAUGGGGAAAAAACACAAAAACCACAAAUCCAAGUGGCGAACAGUAGAUGAGCUAGAUUAUGCAGAUAAAACUCUGGAGAAACCAAUAAAGCUUGUACUAAAAGUUGGAGGAAGUGAAGUUACAGAGCUUUCAGGUUCUGGGCAUGAUUCUAGUUAUUAUGAUGAUAAAUCGGAUCAUGAGCGUGAACGACAUAAAGAGAAGAAGAAAAAGAAGAAAAAAAAGUCUGAAAAAGAAAAAGAUAAGCAUCUUGAUGAAGAAGAAAGAAGACGACGAAAGGAAGAAAAGAAACGCAAAAGGGAAAAGGAACAGUGUGAUGCGGAGGAAGAAGUUGAAGACUUGGGGACAGCAAAGAAGACUGAGGAAGAAAAAAAAAGGAAAAGAGACAGAGAACAAAUGGAGAUAGAAACCGAAGCAGAUGCCGUUAACCUUGGACUGAAGAUGGAGACUGAACAAACAGUUGAUAGACCUGUACGAGCAUGCAGAACUCAGCAAGAGAAUGAGUGCACACCUCUGCAACAACUGUUGGAACAUUUCUUGCGUCAGCUUCAGAGGAAAGAUCCUCAAGGAUUUUUUGCUAAUCCAGUUACAGAUGCUAUUGCACCUGGUUAUUCUAUGAUCAUUAAACAUCCCAUGGACUUUAGUACAAUUAAAGAUAAAAUAACAACAAACGAAUACAAAUCUGUUACAGAAUUCAAGGCUGAUUUCAAACUGAUGUGUGAUAAUGCAAUGAUUUAUAAUCGACCUGAAACUGUAUACUACAAGGCUGCGAAGAAAUUACUUCAUACAGGAUUUAAAAUGAUGAGUAAAGAGCGGCUUUUAGCAUUGAAGCGCAGCAUGUCGUUCAUGCAGGACAUGGAUUUUUCUCAGCAGGCAGCAAUUUUGGGAGAUGAAGACACAGCAAUAGAAGAAACUGUUCCUGAUGUUAUUCCACUGCCUGUAGAAACUACAAAGAAAUCAAAGAAACCAAUCAGAGAUAUGAAAGAAGUCAUAAGCUCCUUAUAUGAGCCAGAGGGAACUGCCUGUAGUUUAACAGACAGCACAGCUGAAGAACAUGUACUUGCCUUAGUGGAGCAUGCUGCAGAUGAGGCCAGAGACCGUCUCCAGAGAUUCCUGCCGAAUAGCAAGAUUGGCUACCUAAAGAAAGAUGCGGAGGGUUGUGUUGUAUACACAGUAGUGAAUCAAUCUGAUCCAGAGGCUGAAGAGGAGGAAACCCAUCCUGUUGACUUAAGUUCACUUUCACAUAAACUGCUUCCUGGUUUAACAACAUUGGGUUUUAAAGAUGAUAGAAGGCAUAAAGUUACUUAUCUGAAUAGUGCAUAUAACACACAGUCCCUUCAGAACAAUACAAUUUUCCCCGAUCUUCAGCCAGAAGAAAUGGACCUAUUAUACUCCGCCUAUGGAGAUGAAACUGGUGUACAGUGUGCCUUAAGUUUACAGGAGUUUGUAAAAGGAUGUGGGAGUUUUACAAAAAAAUUUGUCGAUGACCUCCUUGACCAGAUGACCGGAGGGGAUCAUUCCAAGGCAACUUAUCACAUUAAACAGAAACGAAAUAUAGCAGUUAAACAUCCAGAUGAGAUUAAAGUGAAUCUUUCUGAUAUUCAGGUGGGAGAUUCAUCUUGUUUGGCUGGAGACAACACAUCCAUGGUAGAUUUUAUGUCCGUGAAAUCCUACUCUGAUAUGUCUCUUGAUAUGCCAAUGCUAAACACUCUAGGAAAAACUGUGAAGAAAGAGUUGGAUCAUGAUGAUGGCCAUCUACAUUUUGAUGAGACCACAAAGAUGUUGCAAGACCUUCAUGAGGCUCAGAAUGAUAGAGUGGGGUCAAGGCCCUCUUCUAACCUCAGUUCAUUAUCCAAUGCUUCUGAGAGAGAACAACAUCAUCUAGGUAAAGGCUCAAAUAAAACAAGAAGUCCUUCUCGUUUAAGUGUUGGAGAGCAAAAUGAGAUGGUACAUGACCCAUAUGAAUUUCUACAAUCUCCUGAGCCUGGUUCUACUGCUAAUAGCUAAUGUGUGUCAGUGCAUAUGCUUUUUGUUUGUUAACAAAAAGAUUUAAAUUAGUCCUUUUUGGGGCACAUAUGUAUAUAUUUAUGAAGUAAUGAAACAAUCUCUGUGUAUUAUACUUGUAGAUUUUUAAUGAUGUAUAUUUACUUUUGGCAAACUGUUAAUAUAGCUAUUUAUAUAGAUAAAUAUGUUUGUCCUGAGUGAUUUGUUUAUUUGUUGGAUGUUUUACAGUUACAUCAGUUACCAUCAUAAUUAUAUUUUGUAUUUUAAGGUCGUUGACAGAACCCAAGUAUAUUUUCAGAGUUGCACAAAUCAAAUCUGUGUCUGCAUUUUUUCAGUGUACACUAUUCUGAUAAACAUUAUAUCUCAAUGUGGAGAUUAUUUUGGUGGUGAAAUCAGGUAUCAAUUUACUGAUUCACUUAUACUACAAACUAGUUUUCAGUUAUUUUGUUACUCAUUAGUUUCAUUUGUAUGUAUGUUUAUACAUUGAAGAUGAUUAUGUAUAAUUCAGUUGGACUGAAAAGUGUGUAUUUUAUUUAUAUUUCACAUUUUUAAUUCUUUUAUAUGACUUAUUUUAUAUAGUAAAUCAAUGUCAGUCAAAACAACUCAUUUACUGCUAGAGAGUAAGGUUUUGAAUAAAGCACACAAGUUCAUAAAUUUUAUCUGUAUUUUAUCAAUAUGUGCAUUUGUCUUUUUGUUUUAUAAUUCAUUACUAAAGAUCUUAACCCAAUAGUGACCAGUUCUUCACUAAAUUGGCUGUUAAUUUGUAAUUCCAUGUAAUGUAAAUUGGCCUUUUUAUGUAAACUAUCUGCUCUAUAGCAUGUACAACAAAUAAUGCAUCUUUUUAAGCAUGUCUAUAUUGCCCUCCAAUAAACAUGCUAUAAAAUGUUAAUCCUGAAUUAUUUGUUGCAAUAACUUUGAAGGUCAUACAUUAAUUUUCCAAUAUAUGUAAACAUAAUUUAUCUGUAGGUAUACUGUAUAUACAGUAUUACUAUUUCCUGACAUUAUAGAGUAUAAUAAUGUUCAAUUCAACAGUGAUUAAAUUGCCAUCGCCACAAGACAAUAAUAACAGGAGAAAAUCAUAAUGAUUUGUGUGUGUGGGUAAUACUGGUGGCUAGUUAACUGGCUGCCAAGUAACCAAAAACAAUCUAAUACUAAAUGGUAGCUGGUUACAAUGGAUACCACAGUCAGCUGUUAAGGCUACUGGCACAUUUACAGGAAUAUUAUGGUAUUGUACCUCUUGGUGGACUGAUAUUUUAUGAGUUCUUUCACAAUUCUGCACAUAUACACAGUUUUUGAAACAUUUAAAUAUCUGAAUGUUAAUCAUGUGCCUGGAAUUCUGCCCAAUUUAAUUUUUCUUUCACUUUAUUUAAUCAUAAAUUGUAAUUGUAGUGGGCUAUGUAGUUUAUCACAUACCUGACCACAUACAUAUGACUUUUAAGUUUUAACGUUUUAUCUAAAGUAUUCACAUUUUUUAAAUUAGUUUUCAAUAAACAUUUAAGUUUUCAAAUUACAGCAUAGUAUAUGAGACUGCAUCAUGAUCCAAAUGCACAGAAAAUAUAUAUUUGUACAUUGAUGCAAUUUUGUUUGACUUUUAAUAUGAAAAUAAACAAAACACCAUUAAAUGUAAGAUACAGAAAUGUAAUUUUUAGUAGCCCCAACGGUGCAUGGUCUGUUGCAUUACUGGAAUGAUUGCAAUUUAAGUUUUUUGUUUCUUAAUGGUGUGUAUAGUUUCUGUCAUGUGUAUAAGUUGUUAUUCUUCUUGUUAGACUUCAGUGUGUGCAGCCUACAGAGUUUAGUAAAAGAAAAUCAGUAAUACAAAAUGGGGUAAAUAAAUCUUGCAUUAUAGUCAUUGAAUGCAUUAUUUCAAAUAUCCUGUCAUUUAAAGCAUCCUGUGUUGUGUUUUUAGGCAUAAAUAAUGUAAUUGUAUAGUGUUUUAUAAAAAUAUUAUUUUAAAAUGUACAUUAUUUCAAUGCUGUAUGCAAUAAAUUGCUUUCUAAUUAAAUAA